CUGCAAUAGAGUUGAACGUCGUGCUGGUACAGCCGGAGCGGUGCGCCGCAGGCGCCGGGGUGAACAUCCUUCACGACUUUAGAGAUCUCUCCUUCAGGGCUCGCCCGGCGACAUCGGAACUGCUUGCCCGAAGCCCGUUGUUUGACGUUGACCGGAACCGGUAUCGCGAGGCUACACAGCAGCACUGUGCAGCCGGCCGGGAUCGGAGCCGCGGCCUCUCGUGUGACGGCCCGUCAUGUCGCAGCAGCAGCAAGAUGCCUCGAAUGCGGUGCCCGACACCCAGCUGGGAUUGACGGAAGAUGAAAUACAACUACUGCGGCAUGGCCAGCAGGCGGUGGCGGCAGCAGGCGGCUCGACUUCUUCGCGAGCAGCGAGCCGCGCUUCGUCUCAGGGGUUGCUGAUGGUGGACACCUCUUCGCUCACUGCGCUGGGCCGCCACUUUGACCGAGUCAUGCAGUCGAUCCAGCAACGGCUAGACUACCUGAUGCAACAAUCGGAGAUUGUGACUCUCAGCGUCUACGACCGCGCCGGCAACCUCAUCGACAACGCCGACGCCGAGAUCGCGCGAUACCACGAGAUCAUGGCACAGAUCGACGAGCUCGAGCUUGACUUUGACCGCAUCAGCCACAUUCGUGAAAUCGUCCACGGUUUCCGCCAGAGGGCCGAGGAGCUGGAGCGCGAGCUGGAGCGAGCCGGAGGUGGGAGUUCGUCGAGGAGAGAGCGGCACGGUCACGGCCCCGGCCAUUCAUCACACCGCAGCCAUGGACAUUCGAGCAGCUCGGGAAAACGCCGGACUUGAUUGAGUGCGCCGAGCCGCUGACGAUCGGCCGGAAACUUCUAUUUGCCGGAUCAUGGCACGAAUGAGGCGCUGCAUCAGUGGUCUUAUGUAUGAAUGCGUGUGGGGAAGGGGCCAGGCUGUGCCUUCGCGGAUGGAGCACGUUGCACAACCAGCAUGGCUGCCUCAGCCAUGUAGACGACGGAGGAAAAAGCAGCACUUAUUAUGCA